CCGGCGAAAUUAUGUUUGUGUCGAUUUAUCGCAAUCUGGCAACACUCUUUUCCCUUUCUUUCCCGCUGUCAGAAAUACGCCCUAACAUUCGUCUGCCCCUCGUUUCUAGGUCAGGUUGUCAGAGUUUGAGUUCUUGUAAAUCACCGGCAUUUACGUUUCUUUCUGUGAUUUUGUUUCCGUUUUUCUGUCUAACAGAGCUCAACUGUCUUGAGAUAUUCUGCAGUCUGUCAGUUUAUUCCACUGUGUGAUUCAUUCUAUGGUCUACAAAGCUUGCAAGCAACUUAUGUUUUGUCCUUGCUUCGCAGGUAUAAUUAGUGCUAGUCUUAUUAUAUAUUAUGUUACAUGUUCUUAUUCUAUCUUUGCCUCUUUCAGGCACCAUCGUUAACUCUCAUAGUCAUACUGCCAUUCUGGCAGACAAAUCUUACUCGAAUACAUUGAAGAGAAAACCCACUGCCGGCCUAUGCUCUAAUUUAGCUUCUGAACAUUUUGGUCCUUCGAACCGGAGCUUUAGUCAGUGAAGGUGGUGGCCAGCUUAUUGUUCAGCCAACAUCAUCAUCGUUGGCCCCUCAUCAUUCUGCUACAUGAGUUCCUGUAGCCAGCCUUCUACUGCCAGCAUUUACAACGUUGGCCUGUCACCAUCCUGCUGUUCAAGUCCAUCGUGUGCAGCCAUUCUACACAGCCAACAUCCAUUGUUGGCCAGCCAUCAUUCUGCUACACGAGUCCUGUAGCCAGCCUACUACAGCCAGCAUUCACAACGUUGGCCUGUCACCAUCCUGCUGUUUAAGUCCAUCGUGUGCAGCCAUUCUACACAGCCAACAUCCAUUGUUGGCCAGCCAUCAUUCUGCUACACGAGUCCUGUAGCCAGCCUACUACAGCAAGCAUUUACAACGUUGGCCAGUCAUAUCACUGCUGCCCAGUUCUUCAUGGUCAGCUGCUUCCCACAUUCGUCAUUAGUUCUUCAUCCCUCUGCUGUCCAGGCCUUCGUGGUCAGCUUGCGUCAACCAACGCUUCCGUCAACGUGAGCUGUGUGUUUCCACCCAUAUGCCUUAUCUGAUUCAUCCAACUAGAUCAACCGAAGCCCAGGCAGCUCCUGCCCAAUCAGCUCAAGCCAAUUCAGCCAUGCCGAAUCCUGGUUUCGGAUCCAGCUUAGAAGAAGACGAAAGUCGAAAGGUGAGCCCACCUGCUGGAGAUGUCGAGCUCACAAAGAAGAGGAGAACCACCGUCCGCAGUCAGAUCACCUCGACGAUUCGACAGAUUCGUGCCAGUAUCGAUCAGUGUGGAUCGCGUGGAAGUAUAGCUGGCCUCGUCAAACACCUCCAGAGCUUAGCAACAACAGCUACACUCUUGCACACUGACUUGCUUAUAGUCGAAGAUGCAAGUGAGAACGAAAGGCAAGAGGAAAAACAUUUGAUGUAUGUUCAACAGAUAGGGGACGCGAUCGCCGAAGCUGAUGAACACCUGAAGUCAAGAGCUGACGAAGCCCCUUCGGUAGUGAACGGCGGACGCGCUAAGAGAGUAACCGAAGAGGAGAUUCUCGCAGCAAAGCAACUGAUCGAGCAGACCCGUACACAAGCAGAGCAGGCUCGGAAGCGAGCGGAGGAACUUCAGAUUCAACAACAACAAGCAGAGGAGGCUCUCCAAGAUCUACAGCAAGACGAUGCCAACCCCGACAACUUCUCUUCCGUCAGCAAUAGGGGCGGAUCAUUUACGAAAUUGGCAGCAGAUUGGAAACGAAAACAAGCCCAGCAGAAUACCGCUCCCGACGAUUGGAUUGACGGGUAUGCCAACGGAACAUUGAAACCUAUCUACACAGCGGGAUCCCGAUCGUCAGUGAAAGCAGACCUAGAGCCCUUUUCCGGAAGAUCCCUGGACUGGUUCGCGUGGAUCGACCUUUUCCGCGCUUUAGUUCACGACACAGCAAAAUCACCAGGGGAAAAGUUGGCGUUGCUUCAUCGUUACGUGAGAGGAGAUUGUCUCGACGUGAUCCAUGGCCUAGGAGGAGGAGAAGGAGCUUAUAUUGAGGCUCUGAUACGCCUCAAGGAGUCAUGUGGUCGGCGCGAUGUGAUGCGGGCCGCUCAUAUACAAGCCAUAGAAGGCCUCGAACUCAAAAACGAUCCCGCCAUCUUUAAAAGGUACGCUGAAAAGGUACGGACUCAUCUGUUUGACCUCUCUCGUAUUGGGGAGACGUCUUCUGCGGGAUUGAUUGAGAAGAUUUGCUUGAGGCUUCAGCUACACGACCGUCUAGCAUGGAACGAUGGCCGAAAAGGAGGUUUGGAGACAAGAAGCUUAAAUACGUUUGGAGUUUGGCUUUGUGAGAGGGCUGCUGCCUAUCAAAACGCUUACAGUAUAGCGGCUGAACAGACGAGAGCGGCUCAGAAACCCAACGUACGCUUUGCUGCCCGUGCUAACCCAGUUUCUUCCAAACAAUCAUCCACGCCACAAACCUCAUCGAAAUCCGCUUCACGCCCGUUUUGUUUCAAGUGUGAAGGUGAUCAUAAACUCGAGAUUUUCGGCGCCUUUAAAUCAUCUUCUGUAGGGGAUCGUGUCGGCUUCUGUGCAAAGCAUCGACUGUGUUUUGGUUGUCUGAAACCAAGACAUUCGAUCCGUUUCUGUCCUCAACGGAAGCCCUGUAGUCAAUCCGGCUGCACCUUGUUUCAUCACGCGCUACUACACGACGUCAAUCGAGCUAAUCCGGAUACUUCCAUCACUGCGCGUCCAGCUAAUCUACUCAGCGACACCGGAAGAAAUCGAAGAGUGGCGAUGGGAAUGAUGCGGCUCAAGAUACAAGAUGCAGACGGGCACUGGAUAACGGCAAAUGUUUUCGUGGAUGAAGGAAGCGACUCCACCUUGAUGCGGCAAGGAUUCGCCAAACUCUUGAAGCUUCGUGGCGCUCAUCACAUCCUUACCGUCGUCGGAGCCGGGAACGUCAUCAACCACUACCCCUCCCAGCGAAUCAGUUUCGGCAUUAGAGACUCAGAUGGAUCUAUCGUCGCCAUUACCUGCUCAACGUUACACACCGUGGCCAGUGAUACACCUGUAACCGAUUGGCCAGUUCUAAAGAAACGUUGGAGCCAUCUAGCUGAUCUACCAGUGACGAUGACAGGUGGUAAAGUGGACAUAUUAAUCGGUACUGAUCGUUCUCCUCUCGUCACAGCAUUGGAAUCAAGAAUUGGCGGUGAUUAUGAACCUACGGCAGUCCGAAACAGGUUCGGGUGGUUGAUCCGAGGAGUGGUGCAGGAUGGAACCACAAUCACAGCUGUCAGAACCAACACCAUCAUCGGAUCGACCCAAUUGGCUCAACUUACCGACGUGAUGAGACAAUUCUGCGAGACAGAAAAUUUCGGCACCGAAUAUCAAGUCGCCGGGAUGUCGGAAGAUCAUCGAAAGGCCGUCUCAAUUUUAGACGGUGAAACCCGGAAGUUGAAUGUGGGAUAUGAAGUGCCCAUUACGUGGCGAGAAGGGGAGCCGAAUUUGAUGUGCAAUCGUCGGAUGGCCGACGACCGGUUCAAGAGUCUGCUGCGCCGAUUUGAACGCGAUCCAGAGUUCGAAGCCGAUUACAGAAAAGCCAUGCAGAAGAAUUUUGAAAAGGGCUACGCAUCUUUACUAUCCGGUACAGCUGCAGAAGAAGCGAAAUACUUACUACAGGGAAGUGUUUAA